GCGGUCGGAUAGCCAAGUCAUGAGUCAUGCCAAACAAUAGGAGUGACCAAGUAGUAUAUAAUUGGACUGGACACUCUGGGGGAGCAACAGAAUAUUGACCAAAGUAAAGAAGAAUAGACAGAUACUGGACACCACCACUUGGAGAAAACAGGCGAUCAUGGUGAGCCUGUCACAUUCCAAAUUGUGUCUUUGGGCCGUGAUGGCUGCUUUACUACUGGUGCAAAACGUCCAUCCAGCCAUUGGAUACGCCGUCAGAGUACAGCGAAGAGAGGCUAAUGAUGAGGUGCGGUUAUUGGCACAUAACGAAGCUGAUGAAUCAAAUCACCGCAUCCAGAAAAGAUCAAUUAUAGGAGCUGGACUGAAAUUCGUGUUUAAGAAUUUUUGGGACGAUUUGCUGUGUCUCGGAAAUCACUUAGCUUCCCUAGCAAACUGUAACAGUUUGUCACCCGGAGCUUGUCAAAGAUUAAAAGAUUUGGAAACCAAACGAGAUGAGAUAGCAACCUUGGUGAACCAGACCCUGGAGAAACAAGUUGAAUGGGCAACAUUGAAUUCCACCGACGAAAAAGCCAUCACUAAUCUACAGUUGAUAGAGAAAGAUCUUGAACUGGUCACAUCCAGCAAUCUUCGUCUCAUGGGCAUACUGAAGGCAAUCAGCGUCAUAGAAGAAACGGACACAGUUUACGACUCUGCCACCGAUAAUGUCACAGAGAUCAGGAUACGAUUUCAGAUUGACUUGGAAACAUACCUGAACGGAGUUAAAGCAACACUGGCAUCUGCAGGUUCCCAAAUCGACUCACUGAAAGAGCGCGACUACGUUAUGUUUGCCAUCAUGACUUCAGUCCCCCUUGUAGCUCUGCACACCGGCCAUAUUGUGACAUCUGCCCGUCAAGCUUUUCUCACGAGAAGUCAGUCCUAUCAGGUGGUGGAUAUAGUUGGUGGCAACGGCAGGAUGAAACUCGCGUAUAAUCCAAAGGGGCGACUUUACAUCGUGCAAGAGUCCCCGGAAUUGGGGAAACUGAAGGUUCUGCAAUCGGUGAGUGACAACGGUAAAGUGGGUCGAUUCUGGAAGUUUAUGACGCCAGCUGGACAGUCUGCCAUGGUGUCCGAGUUCCUUGAAAGCUUCGACUUUGAGAGAGGCAAAAAAAUCGCCUGGCUUCAGCAAAGAGACCCCGACUAUCUGGACACGCUGAAACAAAAGGGAUACGUUACCUCUUUCUUGAGUAGAACAGAAGGCCUUUCAUCGAGACAAUUCGACGACUUUGUGCAGGUAGCCAAAGAUUUAGACCAAGAUAGGUUUUACAGGUACGAUAAUGAUAUCCCUGAAGCUGAUCUUCCAAGGCAAUUGAGAUUAGGAUUAGACAUGCUGAACCCAAAUGACAUUGCUAUGGUUAAUGCUUACCAGAGGUUAAAGGCCACUCAUCCCGAUUUGCUUGACAAUUUGAACAGAGCAGGCGCAACAGGGAAUUUCUUGGAAAACUCCAAAACUCUCACAGACGCCGAGUUCGACGCCUACGCUGCAAAGGUAAAAGCAGCAGCCCCCGAGUUACCCGACGGUAAUCUCAAACACUUCGACUGGGACGUGCCUGCCAAAAAAGUAACAUUCACGCAAAGAAUCAAAAGUGGGUGGUCUUCAUUUAGAAACUUAAACUUGUUUAAUUGGAGAGGACGCCAAGUGAAGGUCAGCAACGUUCUUACCAUGGGAACCGUAGGUGGAAGCUUGAACGUCGCGCUCUGUUUGUACAUGACCAUUUCGUCAACCAAAAGUGUAGAGGAAAAAAUCACAGAAAUUAACAAUAAACUCGACGAAGCAAAGACAAGCGUGGAAACGAAAAAGGCAGAAUUAGAUGAUCUUCUCGUAGAGGAAAAAAACCUCUAUGCAAAAAUCAAGAAUAACACUUUGUCUUUGUACAAUCUCUUUAGUACCGCCGAUGGCACUAUUGCAGGCGACCCGAGUUGCCAGGACACCCUGUGCAUUUUCCUUCGUGACGCUGCCAAAAUCAAUUUUAUCUCUGACUUCCUUUCCACGUGGAAUAAGGACACCGUCACGUCGAGUUCAAUUUUGGUGAGCCAGUUGUCCUUCAUGAAACUCCUGGAGGAUUCCAAGACUGAAAUGAUUGACUUAUAUAACUCUGCUAUAAUCACCACCAACGUCAUAAAUUGGGUCACCGACGGUUUGACACUGGACAGGAUGCUGGAGAACGCAGUCUCGCUGAAUCUCGACGCCCGCCUUCCGGACAAAUUUUCAGUUUUAACAGUAAUUAAGGUUGCUUUUCCAUCUCUCGAAAAUUACGAUGGCAUUCCUCUCAGAUGUAUUGGUGGCUCCAUAACAACGCAGGCAGAGCUGGAAGCAUACCUCAACCAAGCAGCUCCUAUAACUGGAGAUGUUGUUGAUGAUAUCAAGACUGGAAAACUUUUCGGCGUUUCUCCAGAUAUUAUAGUUGUGAUGAUAACAAGCAAAGUAGAUUCUGGUGAUCUCCCUGCAAACCCAUGCAAUGGCCAAGCCUGCACCAGAGAUGAUGUGUUGAAGGUGAUUGCCGCAGAGUAUCCCACCGAGACAACGUAUAAUGGGGAAGAUCUGACAAAAUACAGAAAUGCUGCCUCUUGCACAGGUUCAAAUUCGGUUGGCCAAUCUAAAUUCGCGCCUCAAACUCAGGGUCAAUUCCGAGCCCAGGGUCAGGGCGGGGUAUUGGCUCUGGUAUCAAUUGCUACGAUUUUAUUGUUUUAUUACUGAAUUUAUAUUAUUAACGGGCUAUGAAAUGUAAGUUAUACAGAGGCAGGGGAGCCAAAAAUUAGGUUAACCAAAACUCCGUAAGCUGCCCUUAGUUUAUCGGCCUUACAGGCAUUACGAAAAUGCCUGGGAGAUAAUAACUUGAUAGUUGCAUCGGUAAUAGAAAAAUUAAAUCUGAAGCCUGGUGUGACUGACCAAGAGAGGGGCCAACAAACAUGGUAGACAAUCAAUAUUUUCUCAGCCUAAAAUGCCUGCUUUGUUUAAGUGUAUCGAUGCUGAAUCAGUGUACAUUUAACAUCGGUUUGAAUUGAUAUAUAAUUUGCUUGAGUCUGUCUUCAUUAUUGAUCAGAAAUCACCAAAGAAUUGUUGUACUGUCUGUAUUUCAUAUCAGGGUGUAUAUUUAAAAUCGUCGGGGAAAUUCAUAAUGUAUCUUUUCAACAACAACACAUCACUCAUAGACUAUCAGCCGUUUAAUCGCCUCAUGGACGUGACAAAAUUUAAAUUUUCUCUGAUAUUUCUCUCCUCCGCCUGGAGGUAACAAUGUAGUUUGAUUUGAAAAAGGUAAUGCACAGACAUCCUUAUUCAGAUACUGUAUAUAUUAACGGA